AGCUUAAUUUAUCCAUAUAGUUAAUAAUACAAUAUUUCCAUUCCUUUGGUCACAAAAAAAAAAAAAAAAAACUCUUCCCUUUUUUGCAAUGGCUAGCAAUAGUACAAUGGUAGUGAACGAGCGAGCAGGGGCGGAAAUUGUCUAUGGUUCCGAAAACUGCUUCAACCAUUCCAUACAACUCUUAGAAGAGCUUGGAUUUCCAAAAGGUGUUCUUCCUUUGAAAGACCUUGUAGAAUGUGGAAGAGUUAGAGAAACUGGAUUUGUUUGGAUGAAGCAAAAAGCACCAAGUGAACAUUUUUUUGAAGGUACAAAGACUCUUGUGAGCUAUGGAAUUGAAGUAACUGCUUAUGUGGAGAAAUUCAAGAUGAAGAAAAUGAGUGGAAUUAAGAGUAAGCAAUUGUUUGUUUGGGUUCCUAUAAUUGAAAUGAGUAUUGAUGGUUUUAAUGGAAAGAAGAUAUUUUUUAAGACUCCUAUGGGGAUUGGUAAGUCAUUUCAUGCUACUUCAUUUAUGACUAUUGAGGAAAAGGAAAAGUAUGAGUUGUUGCAAUUGAAGGAUAAGGAGGUGGAGAUCAAAGAAAAUUAAUUGGUGACAUUGUAUGUGUUUGUUUUUAAUUCAAGUAUGUUAUUUGACAAUUUGGUUAUUAUGAAUAAUUAUGAAUAAUAUAGAUGAGCAUUAUGAGA